AUGGAAAACCGAAGGCGACCGUCGUUGGACGAGACGGCUUCGGCGCUCCGUCGUUUGACCCAUACGCCACGCCUCGCUCUACGAAGACCUUCCUCGACUUCAGAAUCAAGUCUCAGCUCUAGUUCCAGCUCAAUCUUAUCACUCAGGUCUCACGAUCACCGCGAGGACCAUAGUUGCGUAAUUCGAGAGACUCGGCAUGACGACUGCACUCUGAAUCGGUUCCUCGUGUGGGCGGCGUUCAAGCGGAAUGCCUCGCCAAACAUGACCGCUCAGGAUCGACUGCAAUGUCCACUUUCCCGCUGUCGGAAACGCUUCGCUUCCCACGAGGACAUGUUACGGCAUCUCUACUUGUGUGACAAGCUCUCUUCCGGCGAGUACUGGUGCUACGACCACGAGCGGGUCGAGCAUUUCCAACACGCCGGAAGUGCCAGGUGCAAGAGAUGCCCAGUCAGCAAGAGAAAGAGGAUUAUGGGCUUGGCUAAAGUCUUCUUCAGCUCGCUGGGGAGCCGCAGGCCAGGUGCUGGUCUUAAGGACUACGAUCUUGAAAGCUGCUGUGACAGCGAAGCGAGCCCUCCUACUAUCAGUGAUGACUUGUUCGAGGCUGAGCCAGAAGAUGAUAUCGGCGUCGAUGAUGCGUGGGGUGCUUCGUUUCGCCACAAAGUCGAGCUCCAAGCAAACGAAAUCCACGAAAUCGAUUCGAACGAGGUCAUGCUGCCGACAAUACUGGAGGAUGUGGAGGACGACAUAACGCAGACAGCAAAAACGACGAAGCAUGUGUCACACCCCACAUCCUUGCCCGAAAUGUACCAGCCCGAGACAGUCCACCUCGCCGAGCUAGAGUCCCGAAAUUCGGAAUGGGCAUGCCAGCAGGAGACUAUCCCUCCGAUGGACUUCAAUCCAAUCUACUCAAAUGCAAGAACAGGCCCUGAAAGACCUCUGCUGGAGAUUCAGACAAACAACCUAGCGCAGUAUAGACGAGAGGCCAAACGCCGUAGCACAAUGCUCGCACCCAGCUCAUCCGUUCGCUCGACAGCAUCAACAGCCAGCACGAACAGCACGUGCAGUACGUCCAGCCAGUGUAUAUCACCAAUGUCGAACUGGUCCCACGGCUGGGCUCACCAGCAAGAUUCCACAAUGACGACCCCUGCUGACGAGUGCAAUCCAAACCCCUUCACAUUGAUGGGCCUGUCCACACAAGUCGACCCCCAGUGCACACGAGCGCCGGAGCCCACAUUCUUCCCCCAGGACCAGCUGUUCAAUGGAAUGGCAAACACCUUUCUGACCGAACUACCUGCGGACGUGCCCAUGGUUGCAGCAGACAUACCCGUGGUCGACGUGACUCCACCAGAUAACAGCGCCAUGCCACUUUGUACGUUUCAACCAGACUUGCAGUUUGACGCUCCAGACCCAACCACCUUCGUUGUGCCCCCGAGCGAGCAGGUGUUACAGCUGUGUCCCAACGACCCGCCAGCAACUCUUCAAGAUACCCAGCAAACAUUGGGACCUCAAGCUGAGACCACUCGGAAAUCCGGUCUAUCACCGAGGACUCCAGACCGUGUUGGAGCAACAUCCAUAAUCAAAGAUCUAUGGGAGGCGUUGCAGCUUCAUGUAGAAAACACCAAGAAACGCCUUGUGGUCCUGCAGGAUAACCAUUUGGUGAAUCACCUGUUCAGCAUGUCCGCUACAGAUGUUGCUAGCUGCGGCCUACAGACGUUACACAAUGGUCUAGGGCAUUCAAACGAACAGUCCGCCAUCGACCUUCUAUGCUUUACACACCUCAUCUACUCCAUGUCUCUCCUUGUGCACAAGGAAGACGCGCAGGCAAGAGGCGACAGGCUCUUCCAUCAGGUGGUUUCGUACGCAUCAAAGUUUUCGAAAGAGGACAGGCAGGCCUAUUUCCCGAUUGUCGACAUUCUUUGGAAGCCAAAUGGAAUGAGCGAAGAUGACGUUGUCGGCUUGAUGCGGAAAACAUCCUCAGCAUCGCGUAGGAAAGGCAAGCAGAAGGAGCAGAAUCCCACGGAGCCUCAAUUGGAUAUCCUUGUUACCCUCGCGCAGACUUUUCUAGAUGAGAUCGAGUAUGCGGCGGUGCAGGAACUUGACAAGCCGCAGCUUCGGGCUUCAGACCUUUGCAGACAGCAUACCAGCAGUGGAAUCUUGACCUUUGGCCCAGAACUAUCGUUGGGCAUUCCCCUAGAUUACAUGGUCAAUAAGCUUGUUGUUGCUUAUGGGGACGUGCCACCUUUCCUGGCCAAAAUGCACGAACUGCGCCGCGGGGUCAUGUCAGGGAAUAGCAUAACCGCGAGGAGGCUGGAGCUUGAACUUAUACACGUCGGGCGAACAUGCCUGCCCCCCGAGUUGUUUCUGGACCGCUACAUCGCUACCGUCCGAGAUUGCAUCGACUACCUCUGUGCUCUGCUGUGUCCUGAUACACAUUCGAGAACCACGUAUCAGCACUGCGGCAUUCGUCUGGUUGACACAAUGAUCCGAGGAUCACUACCACUUGAGCAACCCUCGACUGAUCCAGCUGCUCAGAUAGCCGAUGCCGACUUUAGUGAUCACCUUGCGACAAUCACAAACAUCCAAGAUUGCCAACUGAGUGGGAAGCCAAGCAAUACGAAUGCUCCACAUUUAGCCCCCGGGAACAACACUGGUAUUGCAAGCACUCCCUUCGACAACACAUGGACAGAUGUUUCGGCUUCUGCUACACCUGUAGAUUCCGGGCCCGAGCUUUCGACUGCUGCCACGUCUCCGCCUUCACAGCAGCCCACACCGGCCACCGGCAGCAAGUCAGAGUCCAACAGCAUCUGCGAAGAGUGUGGAUAUCGGCCGGAAGGGAACCCAAAGUGGUUCCAGGGCAGCAUGGCCAAACACAAAAAGUUGAUGCACGGGAAGAGUGAGCCUGUUGUGUACCAGUGCCCCUUUCCAGGCUGCACGAGCCGGUAUACCAACCGCCCAGACAACUUGCGGCAGCACCAAAUCAAGAAGCAGCACUUUGUCGGUGGCGAGGGCGACAUACAGAGACGUCCGAGCAAGAGGAAGAAGAUGGAUUCCUGA